AUGAUUGGUGUGUUUGAGGUUUAUAUGAGGGGUUGCCAAAGCCGACGAGUACAUGUGUACACAAAGGGUUAUCACGCUUUACAAGAAGCAUUAGAACAAGUAGAAAAACUUCAAAGAAAAAUAUUUAAUUUAAUUCAAAAUAAUAAUCAGCAAAUAAAUAAUAAUUAUUUUGAAUUAAUUCCCUCUUAUGACGCCUUAUAUUCUUUUGCUGCUGGACUUGUUAAAAAAUUAGGACAAAUGCGUUCUUUAUUGUCAAGAAAAUGUUUUGAUGAAUUUCAAAAUGAAUUGGAAAUAAAUAUAUUAAAAGGGCAAUUAUUAAUUGCUAAUUUACAAGUACUAAAUUGGAUAUAUUUAAUUAAUCCCCCCCCCCUUUUUUUAAAGAUAGAAAGACAACAUUUUCAAUUACAAAUAGAAAACCCUCCUAAAAAACAAUAUUCAACAUUUCUCAAUCGCCGUUCAAUUUCCUUUAAUGGAACAUCUUUUAUUGAAAGAAUUUCGAAUUCUAAAAUUAAAUAUUUCCUUCCAUCUAAAUUAUAUUUACAACAAAAAAACAAAAGAAAACAAACAAUUGGAUUUGAUUCUUUAGUUGAAUUUAAUGAACAAAGUAUUGAAAUGGAAUUUUUACGUUUAUUUGAUUCUGCUUGGAAUUUAUCUAGAAUUUGUGAUAAUAAAGAAGAAAAUAAACAAAUAAUUAAUUCAAAAACAAAAAUAUCUUUAACUAAAGAACAACAACAACAAUUUUCAACAGAAAAUUUUAAAGGAAAAAUUUUACAGAGAAAAACACAAAGUGGAAACAUUACUCUUACUAAUUCACAAAAUAAUCAGCAAUUUAAAUGGUUACAAUCAUCUACUUCCUCCCCUCCCCCACUUUUUCUUCCUCUUCCCCCACCUUCAUCCCCACCAAAACAACAACAAAAUAUUAACAAACAUUUAUUAAAUGAAUUUAUUCCAAAUAAUUCCCCUUCUGGCACUCCAAUAUUUACAAAUAAAUAUUUACAAAAUAAUUAUUUUAAUGAACAAAAAUUAAGUAAUCGUUCACGUCCAAUACUUGUUAGACAAAAUUCUACAACCAAAAAUGAAUAUGAUUUGGAAAAUAAUUGUUCAUUAAAAAUUCAAAAUUUAAUUUCUUCAAAACCAACAGAAAAACAAAAUACUAAUUUUAUUACUAAAUCAAUUUUACAUCCACCAACACCUUCAGCACCUCCAAUCUCUUUAUUAUUAAAUUCUUCAACAAUAAGUAGAAGUGGAAGUCAAACUAAACUUCCACAAUUUAAUAAAAAUUUACUAAUCGACAACAAUCACAACCACCAAUUAAUUUCUUCUUCAAAAUUAAAUAAUUAUUCUAAUAAAAUACAAAAUAAUAAUUUAAUUAAUUUUCCUCCCCCAACUUCCUCUACUCGAAGACCCUUAACUCGUUCUGGUGCUUGUACAGGGGGAGGAAGCCGUUCCCCAACCCCAAAACAAUUAAAUAAUGAAAAUAUUAAAUCAAAAUCUCCAUUUCCAUCAAAUUAUGGCGGAAAUCGUUCAGCAAGUACAAGUCGAUUACCUAAGGCUGUUGGUAGUAAUACUACAAAUACACAUCAAAUAAUUGACGAUCCACAACAACAACAAAAUACUUCUGAUCAAUUUUCUAAUAUCGGACAAAUGCCCAAAGCUGUUAAGAAAGCGGGCAAUUCUUGGCUUAGUAGACUUCGACGUAAAUCUGUUUCUAAUACAGCUACAAAUAAUUAAAAAUAAUUUUUUAUUUUAUUAUUUUCUCUCUAAUUUUAAAAUAAUAAA